AUGUGGCGCGAUUGCUACAAAAUCCCUGAUAGAUGGGCCCCUGCUCAAGGCCAAGAGGGUAGAGCAGCAGAAAGAGGGAGAGGUAGAGGCCGUGGAGGCCAUGGCGGUCGCGGAGGUGGUGCUGCAAACAUGAAGAGUGGAGAUAACGACGAGGACUCGAGCGGCGAUCGGUACCCGGGUCAAUUAUACUUUUUGUCAACGCAAGCACCGGCUGCACCAGAGAAUGAUGAAGGCUUUGAGGAGCCAGCAGCUGUGGGAAAGGUCACUCUACACUCUCUGGACUUCUGGGUGAUCGAUAGCGGCGCUACCUAUAGCAUGACACCUCGCGCGGACUUGCUCACCGAACUCGAACCUUCACCGGUGAAGCAUGUCACAUCGGCUUUGGGGCAGCGAGCAGAGGUGAAAGGCAUGGGCAAGGCCAUGUUCAAGGGUGCUGAUGGGAGGAUGGUGGGCCUCAAGAACGUGCAUUGGGUGCCCAGCCUUGCCGCGAACCUGAUUUCCGUGCGGCGGUUGGCAAAGGCCGGCAUGGACACCACCAAGGGUGAAGUGGUUGGUAGCGGCGGUGGCGCGAACGGUCGCGCUAAGGAAAUCGUGUCCAAGAAGUGCAAUCCUGGAGGGACCAGCAAGCUCGGUGAACACGAGGAGAGUGGUGCAGCAGCCAAGGAGCAGCACAAGGGUGAGGAGAACCCCGAGGCAGCAGCGGAGGAGGAGUACGGAGAGAGCAUGUGGGGCGCUAUUGCCAGCGCGGCAUUCUCCAACCCGACUUCGGCUACGGGGGAGUGUGAUUGGCUCACCUUGCAUCGGCGAAUGAGGCAUUACGCCCUGCCUAUUUUGCAGCAGCUAGUGAAGAAUGAGAUGGUUGCUGGCAUACGUGUGAAGGGGGAGCCCGAUGAGGCACCACUUGAUGAGGUGGUGAUGGACGUGGUGGGCCCCCUAAAGCUUGGAGCUGCUGGAGCUGAGUAUUUCCUCACCAUUGUGGAUGUCUACACCUGCAUGACCUGGAUGUACGUGCGGUCCAAAAAGAGCGACGUAGCUGAAACGGUGAAGACCGAUUGGUUGCCGAUGGUGGAGCGGCAACAAGACCGGCUUGAGAAGUCGAUCCGCACCGAUCGUGGGGGAGAGUUCCUGAGCAAGGAGUUCGGAUUGUGGCUGAAGAAGAAUGGGAUAAGGCACUCCCUUACCAUGCCAUACUCCUCUGCAAUGAAUGGUAUCGCCGAGCGAGCGAACCGCACAAUCACGGAGACGGCAUGCGGGUUGCUCAUUGAAGCCAGGCUACCCGACUAUUUCUGGCCUGAUGCGGUGCGGAGUGCGUGUGCGGCAAGAACAGAGCCUUGA